ACUGAGCACAAACCGUCCGCUCCAGCCUCUUUAUAAAAGCGCUAUAUUUACCGGACUCGACGCUGUUUCCUGAGCUCUCACAAUUGGCCAGGAGCACGCAGCAGGAACAGUUAUAAAGAUUCGGAGGACGUCCUACCUCUGAAACUUGUUCAUGACUUCAGACGGAGAGGACGCACGGAGAUAGUCGCACUGAUUCUGGCGCGGCUGAGCAAAGAUAAACUGUAGAGGUUUUAGCACUAUUCAACAAAACUAUGGCUUUAUCCGGAGUGAUGCUCCCGUCUUUUUCAACGUUCACAAACCAAAGAGAAAAAACCUGGGAAAACAGGUGGAAGUCAGAGAUGGACAAGCCAGUGUCUGGCAGCUGCUCCAUGUUCAAGGACGACGAGGAUCUCAGUAACUACUUAGAUCUGGAUUUUAUUUUGGCGAACACCGCGGGAUCAGACAACACAGCGGAGUUUGUGGGCUCCGCUGCGGACCAGAGUAUGUUCCCGGUGGUGGAGGAGCAGCGGUCGCCUCCGCCUCCGUACGGGGCAAGCCUCAUGACAGAGCUGCUGCGCUCCGACCCUCCCGCACCCGCCAACGGCAGCUACGGCAUCCAGGGCCGCUUUUACAUCAACACUGCGCCUUACCCGCGCCAGGACAUCAAAGUAGAGCCCCCUAUGGACAGUUACGGCCCCGUGAUGGGAAUGGUGCCUCAGAGCUGCAACAAAAUCAAACAAGAAGGGAACGUUUCAUGCAUGAUGCCUUUCGAGCAGCCGCGCGUGGCCAUCUCUCCGCGCGCUGCCAGCAGCAUGACCCCGCCCCUCAGUCCCGAUGACCAGGGCGCCUCAGACUGCCAGCCCGCUCUCUGCCACAACAUCAACUUUCAGCACAAGUUCCACCCCACGCAGCAGUUCCCCCCACAGAUGCACGUGCAGUAUCACGCCCCGCACGCGCCCUACGCCAUGUACGACGAGAGUCUGGGUCUGCAGCCGGGAGCUCAGAGAGUAAUGCUCACGCCGCCCUCCUCCCCUCUGGAGCUGAUGCACGAGAACAAGCCCAAGAGAGGCCGCCGCACGUGGCCCCGGAAGCGCACUGCAACGCACACCUGCACGUUCGCAGGUUGUGGCAAGACAUACACAAAAAGUUCUCACCUCAAGGCUCAUCUUCGCACUCACACAGGUGAGAAGCCCUAUCACUGCAGCUGGGAGGGCUGUGGAUGGAAAUUCGCCCGCUCUGAUGAGUUGACCCGUCACUUCCGCAAGCACACCGGACACCGACCCUUCCAGUGCCACCUCUGCGAAAGAGCUUUCUCCCGGUCCGACCACCUGGCUCUGCACAUGAAGAGGCACAUGUGAACUGGACUCUGACUCGGGUUCAUAAUUGUGUGAUUUGUCUGAUGUAUUUUUAUUUAAAUUGUUCCUGAAGCGACCAAAGCCUUUUAUAUAUUGAAUUAAACUAUUUGUGUUUAUUAUUUUUUCAAAUAAUGUAGCUGGUACUACUUUGGUAUAGAGCUUUAGAGAAGCUGAGGGGCUGGCCCUGUAGAUACUACUCUCUUUGGACACAACUGGACCUGUGUUUGACACAGAAGUGCCUUUCUGCCUGAGCUACUGUACUCACAGAACCCCACUAUUCAGCAGAGUAGUGCCGACUGGACCAAAGUGCACAUAGAGUUUGUGCGGAAGACAAUGUUUUAUUUAACUGCCUCACUCUUAAUGUUAAACCAAUCUUUACUUGGGUGAUAUGUCUCUUCCUCGUGAACCAGCCCCUCUCUACACUAUCAGGGCUUGACGUCCUGUGCAUUAUUUUGUACUUAAAUUUAUAUAAAUAUGUACAUGGAUUUUAUACUGUAAAAACUGUAUUUAUUGUAAAUAUUAAACCAAUGAAAUUGA